UGUUAAGGCAGAUCCCGACUAGUCUUUCUCGCAAUCACGCUCUUUGAAGUACCGAAAUUCCGCUGAUUAAUCGGCAAUUAAUUACUUAAAAUAAAUAAUUUAGCAAAUAAUUAAAUAAGUGUACAACUGAGUAUGACUCGUGUGUGAAAAAGGUUCGGAAGAAUGUUCGAAACUGGUCGCAGAUCAGCAAUUAGCAGCUCCGAGCUCGGACUUUACUCUGACAGAUCAGAAUAUUACGGUAACAAUAAAUACGGACCAGUUGUUAAGAAAGUUGUCAUUGGAGUUAUGGCUGUCGUUGCAGUAAUACUGGCGGCUAUUUUUAUUUAUGACUUCGCUUCUGGCGCAGUGGCCAGCAGCAAAGUCAGCCAGGAAACAAAGCAUGCGUACAUAUUACAAAAUCCCCUGAAGAAACCGAAUUACUUGAGGAAGACAACAACCGCGGAACCAGAUAGACUGGUGUCAGAUAUACAGGAGCGAUCUGAUUACGACGGGAAUAUUUCUUUCGUCGACACGAAACCGGAGAUGGACACGGGAAGGAGCGGGGACUUGGAGCUGCCGGAAAUGAGAACUCAAAAUUUAGAAAAUUUCAAAAUGAGACAAAGACUCAGAGACGGUGAGGACGGUGACGUUGAGGAAAAAAUCGAAAGUAAAGAGAUUGUUAACAACCACGCAGUUGUUUAUCGCGUAAGACAGAUGUACCAUCCGGAGCCAGACACUCAAGUCGAGGAAUCUAAGCCGACGCCCUUUCACUUUGAAUUGAAAACACCGCAACCUUCGUCAUUUAAGCGGUUGAAAUUCCCUCAGCUCACGCAGUAUCGGUAUCCGUAUCCUUCGAGAAAUAUUCAAGAGAUAAUUAAAUAUUUAACGAAUGACCCAGCGACUACGAAGCAUGGGAUCAAAUUCAGCGGCGUAUAUAUGAACCCUAAAAAAUAUGAGUAUCCUCAGAUGGGAAGUCUGGUGGCCAAUAGCGACCGCUCGGAAUUGCCCGCCGAUUCGGAGGAAUUCGAAGAGACCGAUGACGAAACUUCACAUCUGGCUAUCGGCCAUGACCCUUUUUACCCCUACAAGCCUAAUUACCCUGCUGAUGUAAAUCUCCUUGCUCCUGCAAAUGUCAGGUUCUCGCCUUCGGGUGUCCAUCGCUACAAUCCUUAUUUGGAAUCUUCUUACCACCGGCCUAUGAUGCUAAAUAGACCCGCGGUUGCAGAGUCACAUGACAAUGGAGUUUACUCUGGUAGCUAUGGAAAAAGACGGAAGCCAAAACCGUUCAGUGUCAUGCUGGACAUAUAUCCGAUCACGGAACUCAAUGAUCAGCCGAACAAAAAAACUUCAAGAAGACCUGCUCCUAUGUCUGGCGAAGAAUAUUCAGAGUCUAGGAGACCGAUAACUUUUGGCCGCGCGAAUAGAUAUUAUGCUAAUAAUCCUGUUACACCGAUUCCGCUCAUCGCCAUGCCUGCGAGCCAGCCUGGAAUGUCUGAGGAAGACGAAAAGAAACAAAUGAUUUUCCAUCUUAAUUUGUAUCCAAGAAAAAAAAAUAAACUCAAUAGAAAUGAUGUGCUGGAGAGAUCGGAGGCUAUGACUGCCGAAGACAAGCAGCUGUUUGCCCAGAAGGUCAUGUCACCCUUCGAUACCAUCACCAAGCAGCUUACAGACCAGUCGGCUAUCGAAGAGUUUAAAUUUGACGCGGAUAUUCCGAAACAUUCCCCGCUGAUUAGCCACCAGGAAAGUUUCGUGGAGAUGCCAAAUGAGAAACCGGCCCCCAACAGAACUGGAAACUUUUCCAACCACAAGACAGAAGAACCGAAAAAUACGGAAGAGUCAAAGCCGUCAACCGAGAGUCAAAAUCUAGCUGACGGUCUGGUAGCGAUAGAUUAAUUAUCAUCGUGUUAAAUAAUCUUAAUAAAAAUCUUAACGAAGAAUCAGACCUUGGCCAAUCAAAAGUGAAAGCUCAUGAUUUAUGUUUCGAUAAUUGUAAUCAUAAAUGCGGUUAACCAUUUCACUUUAUAAAUGUAUGAGUUAAUUCGUUAAUCAGCUCUCUAUCUUCUACUUGAACGCAAAACGCCUCAGCGAUUCAUGUGUACGUUUGUUUAUGUUUUUUAAAUUUCAAAAUACAAUGCAGGCAAACGUCGAAAAUAAACAACAAAUAAAUGUUAUGUUUUUAUCACCUUGACAUUUUCAUAGAAGGCAAUUCCUAAUUUUAAUUUAUCACAAUAAUUCAAAGACGUCAUUAUAAUUUUUUAUCUUUAUAUAAAUAUUGUAAAAUAUACAUUCUUUUUAUAUAUAUCUAUGUAUGUGUAUAACGUCAUAUAUCUAUUUUUAAAUUAAAUACUAGUUUUAUAUUAUAAUAUAUAUUACAAAACGUAUUAACGUUUGAAUGUACAAAAUUUUUUAAUUCUUAAGGCCGUUCUCAGACAGUGACCCCCUCCCCUAUUUUUUAAAAUAUUCAAUGACUCAGUUGUAAUGACCAUCUAAAAUUUUGAUAAUUAAUUUUAAAAAAAGUUUAAGUAAAGCCAUAGAUUUAAAAAAAAAUUACUUACAGUUGACAUCAAUUAGGAGUCAAACGAAAUUUGGUAAAUAAAUUUCAGUAAAGUCUUGGCGUCAUUAUAAUUUGGGAUGUCAAAUUUAGUACAAAAUUUCAUUUAAUUCUUAAUUGAUGUCAACUGUGAGAAAUUUUUUUAAAAAUUUAUCUUAGCGAAGUUUUUUUUUUUAAUUAAUGCUCAAUUUUUUUGAAAUUA